CAUCUGAACUAUGUGUAUUGUUUAUUUGAGAAGUUUUUUUGCCGAUAUUAGUCAAAGUUUCAAAAUGAAAAUUCUCUUUACGCUCUUGUUCAUUUUUGUGGCCUCUGAUGCACUACCAUACGAUCAAAAUGCAGAGCAACUGGAAUCAAGUAAUUGUGAUAAGUCAUGUACCUUUAUUUACAGUCCCGUUUGCGCAACAGAUGGUGAAAAUAAUAAGAUAUUUGCUAGCCCGUGCGUUAUGGAACGACAUAGCUGUUUGGAGGGCAAAGAAUACCGGCAGGCCGAAAAUAAAUCUGCGUGUGAUUUUACUGGUUGGUCUGCUUAAUAUAAAUAAUAUACAGAAAAACAGCAAAAAAUCAAUACAUCAACGCAAGCACAUAUUUGAUUUGUUUAUUAAAAUUAAUAUGAAGACACCAACUUUCUAUAGGAAUUAGAAACAAUUUAAGUUAAAUUUUAAAAUCAUCUAAAAAUUUUGCCGAACAAUGUACUGUUCAAUACAAUCCAUUCAUCUUUAGAGUCGGAUGUAAACAAAAAGAAUGUAGAUUGUAGAAGCAUUCAAUGUUUUAUGACCUACGCCAAUGCGUUUUCGGUUAUGCGCGGCAGCUAGUCAAUACGAACACAAAAAAAAAGGAUUAUCAUUGCGAAUUGCAAUGACUAAAACUAUUUGUCGUCAGCAUGUCUCUCGUUUAUUGCCCCCAGCGUUUGAGUUUAUACUAUGUAAUUCACACGAACACUUAUUAAGGUCAUUCACCCAACACAAAACAGAUAAUAAACGUUGGAAAAGAAUUAUUUUCGCUUAGAUGUUGUCGGAAUAUAAAGCAAGAUACGAACAAAUUUAUACUGCACAAAACAACUGUACAAUUGUAUAUGCUACUUCCCAGAAAAGAAAUACAUCACCAAGUAAAACGUAAUCACAUUAAAUAUCUACUAAAACAAGCCAAUUCAAGUAAGAAAUCGUAACGAGAAUGAAAGAGUAAACAGAAUAAAAUGGAAAAGUUUUCGUUUAAAUAUAUGGUAAAAUUGAUAAAAUUGUGGUUUGCGUAAAUUAUUGUUCAAACUUUCUAUGAAUGGGUGUGUAAACCUAAUUUUUGCCUUGUCGUAUACAAUUUUCAUUCGGUCAAAUAGGAGUCGUUUGUUUCAUUCCAGAAAAAAGAUGAUAACAUACAAUUUGUAAAUCCACAAUGUUUUCAAUUUCCAUUUUUAUUUGAUAAAUGUUGUCCCUCUAUAUAAUUUUCGA